AAAAAUAAAAAAUUGAAGCACAAUAGUAGUGGAAAAAGAAGAAUGAAUUCAAAGCAGACUCCGACUAGGGGUUUUGGACAGUAUUCUAUUGCUUCAUCGUUUCUCUCACGUCCUUCCCAUUCUUCCAAGGAAGUACAGAAGGAUUUGCGUUGCAAAGAUUCGAAGAAGCUUGCAUCAUUAUCAGAUUUUCUAAAUCAAAAGCUACCCAGAAAUUCGGGUAUUCCCAAAACUGUUCAGGAGAAAUCAAGGCCUUUUUCAUCGCUAUUAUCUUCAAAUGAAGGGAAACCUAUUGACAAGCAGAACGAAAGGAAGAAAGAAGAGAAAAUUGAUGGCCUUAAUGAAGUUGUUUUUGAGCAGUUCAAGCAAGAUAACUCUGAGAAAAUAGAUAGUGUAUUAAGUUCAAGCGUUGUUGGCGAAGAAGAAAAUUCAAGAAAAAGACGGAAUCCAUUUGAAGGUGUAGAUGAACAAAGAAGAACACGGAAGCCUUUUCUAGUUCUGGGAGAGGAAGGUGAUGAUGAUCCACAAAACAUAAAGAAAAGGGGAAGAAAGGAGUGUUCUACAAGCAACAAGAAACCAAAGCCCCAUUAUAAUCACUAUGCAAAUGGUAGUGGGUGGUGGGACUGUGACAUGGAAGGCGUGGACAGCGAGGAAGUUGGCUAUGGCGAAGUAUGGGAAGGGGUUGGCUCCACAACCUUUGGUGGAAUAGUAGACUGGCAUUGAUACUAGUCCCUGUUGCAGUAAGUUCUAAACUUAACUCAUGCUAACUGCUAUGAGAUAUGUUCAUCAAAGUUUCUAAUUUUGGUUAUUAUGAAUAGAAUCUAAAUCCAUGUUUUCUGUCAAUAUGUAUAACUGAUCUAGAUGUAGAAAUACGGUUUGGAGUUUUUCUCCUAUGGUGCAAAUAGUUGUUGCAACUCUUCUAUCUCAAUUGAAAAACUUUGAUGAUCAAUUAUGAUAUACAUGUAGAGAUUUAAGCA